ACUGCAAAAUACUUCCGGGAGUAUAUACACAAAGUUGUUGUGUCUCGUGAUAUAUCACAAAUUUCCGGAGAAAGAUGAGGAGGAAGUGGAAUUUCGUCGAAACGUAUCGAAUCAUUGUGUAAAUGGCUGACUUUACUGCGGAUGUUACAUUUCUAAACUGCUGCUAACGACUCUGUUAAAAUACGAAAAAUUAAACGGACACAGCCAAAGAGCAGUUUGUUUACACUUUAUAUACUGUUCGAAAAAGGUGUAGAUACAAGUUUAGUGACCAUGCUCGAGACUUUGACCUGGAGAAGAUAAGAUAAAGAUAGUACAACCUUAGUUUAAUGAAGUGUUCAAUGAAAAUGGGAGCUUACAAUUUCCUCCUCUGUUUGACGUUAACUUCGUUUGGGGUGGCGUUCGAUUCCCCGUGUGUUCCACGCAGUUUUGGUCAAGAUUCAAUCGUAUGUGUAUGUAAUGCCACAUAUUGUGACACAUUUGAAAACAAGGAGCCGAAACAACCGGGACCGGCAAACCCGAUCCCGUACUUCGAUGCUGUUGUUACCACAAGGGACGGACUUCGGAUGGUGCGGCGGUCGGGAUCUUUUGGGGCGCCACCCAGUGAAGAGAAUGUCUUUAAAGUUGGAACUACUACUGGGCAGACGAUUAUUGGUUUUGGUGGGGCUUUUACAGACGCAGCAACAAUCACUAUGAACAGUUUGUCUAAAGCAGCUCGGAGUAAUCUCUUAUCCACAUACUUUUCAUCGGCGGGGAAUGAAUAUAAUAUAGGACGUAUUCCAAUGGCAAGUUGUGACUUUUCUAAACGUAUCUAUUCUUAUGACGAUACUGAGGGGGAUUUGACACUUUCAAAUUUUACUCUCGUCGACGAAGACGUUUUAUACAAGAUUCCGGCUAUCAAGGACGCUAUGUCUUUCAGUAAAAGAAAUAUUUCGCUGUUUGGAAGUCCUUGGAGUUCACCUUACUGGAUGAAAACUAACAACAAUAUGACAGGCAAGGGGACUAUCAAAGGCGAACCUGGCGGACCAUAUUUCAAAGCAUGGGCGAACUAUUUUGUGAAAUUUCUGCAAGCAUAUAAAAGCCAUGGUAUAGAUAUUUGGGGUCUGACGGCCCAAAACGAACCCUUUGACGGUAUGAUUACCGGAUUCUCAUUCCAGUGCCUCGGUUGGACCCCGGAGCUUCAGAGAGACUUUAUCGCAAAAGAUUUAGGCCCUGCUCUCGAGAAAAAUGGAUUUGGACACGUGAAAUUGAUGAUUCUUGAUGAUCAGAGGAUUUUCUUGCCGCUUUGGCCGGAAGUGGUAUUGAAAGAUCCGAAUGCAGCCAAAUAUAUAUCCGGAAUAGCCAUCCACUGGUAUGCGGACUUAUUUAUUCCUACGUCAGCUUUAGACCUGACCUACCAGAAAUUCGGACAGGAUUACUUCAUUUUGAAUACAGAGGCUUGCGAGCAAGAUUUAGUGAAUAAGAACAAAUCCGUUUUGCUGGGAAACUGGUACCGCGGGGAGCAUUACUUCUAUGACAUCAUGCAAGACUUAAGGCACGGAGUAACGGGUUGGGUGGAUUGGAAUAUGGCACUUAAUAUGCAAGGCGGACCCAACUGGGAAAACAAUCGUGCCGAUAGUCCGAUCAUUGUCAAUGCUGCUAAAGAUGAAUUUUACAAACAACCGAUGUUCUAUGCAAUGGGACAUUUCAGCAAAUUCGUGGAGCCCGGCAUGAAACUUCUUCACCAUGAAGCAAAUGUGACUGAAGAUUCCGGGGUGGAAGCGUUAUUCUUCAUCCGAGAUAAUCGUUUCGUAACUGCCAACUUUGUAAAUAUAAAUGAAUUGGGGUUGAAUAUCACUGUAAGUGAUCCACUUACAGCAGGGAACAAUUUUAAGUUUGAAAUUCCGCCUAAAAGUUUCGUAACAUUCCGCUGGUGGAGGUAUUGAGGUCGGAUCUGCUCAGUAUUAUUAAAACUGUGAUAAAACCGACCUUUUUGAUAUUUUAAAAACAUUCAUCCACAGUUCGCUUUCUAAAAUGUUGUGACUUCUUAUCUGUAUGAUAAAUGUUAUCUUUUUUAAUUUUGACUUUUCAGCAAUACAAAAUGUUAAAAGUUCAA